AUGGGUAUUCUAGACACAAUCAAGAAGGCCAUCUCUGGCUCCGACUCCCAAGGCUCAGGUCCUGUCCCAUCAAAUACCGAGGAGGUUCUUCUUCCAUCUUCUGCUUCGUCCGUUGGAGCCGAGCGAUUGCCACCUUAUUUUCGACGAGUCAACCGUAUCAAUGCUCUCGAAGAUGCAAUCGAGAAACUUGACGAUGCCGCCAUGAAGUCCCGUAUUGCCACACUGCGUCACCAGGUUUCUUCUUCACAAGCAACCAUGGACAGCGUUCUUGAGGAAGUUUUCGCAAUAGUCCGUGAAGCCACAUUCAGAGUAUUAGGCCUGCGCCACUAUGAUGUCCAGCUGGUUGGUGGUAUGGUGCUGCAUGAUGGAUCUAUAGCUGAAAUGGUCACAGGAGAGGGGAAAACUAUAGUUGCGGCUCUUCCCUCUUGUCUAAAUGCGCUUACGGGUGACGCAGUCUAUGUUGUAACUGUGAAUGAUUACUUGGCGAAACGCGAUGCAGACCUUAUCGGACAGAUUCACCGCUAUCUAGGACUCUCAGUCGGCCUGAUUCAGUCUGGUAUGAGUCCUAAAGACAGACGGAAAGCGUAUGCAUGUGAUAUUACGUACGUGACAAAUUCUGAGCUGGGCUUUGACUACUUAAGGGACAAUUUGGCAAUGAGUAGCGCUGAAGUGGUUUCUUCGCGUCCGCUCGGGUUUUGUAUCGUGGAUGAAGCAGACUCAAUUCUUAUCGAUGAGGCGCGAACACCCUUGAUUAUUGCGGGAAGAGUCCCCACCGCCACUACGAAAUACGCCACUGCGCAGAAGGCUGCCGAGGCGCUCUCCAGAGAUGUACAUUACACCGUGAAUGAAAAAGAGCAAGCCGUCCUUUUAACUGAAAGAGGAUACUCAGAUUUGGAGCGGGCCUUGAAUGUGUCUGAUCUGUUCGAUCCCAAAAAUCCUUGGGCUUCGUUCAUCACGAAUUCUCUAAAGGCGAAAGAAGUGUUCAAGAAGGACAUCAAUUACAUUGUGGCUUCUGACAUACAAGAAACAGACAAGAGCGAAAUUCAAAUUAUAGAUGAAUUUACAGGCCGCGCGCUAAAGGGAAGGCGAUGGAGUGAUGGGUUACACCAGGCAAUUGAAGCUAAGGAAGGUAUCACAGUGGACACAAAAGAGUUACUCGACGUUUACGAACUGCCGGUCGUGUCUGUACCGACUGCUUUACCGUUGGGACGGAAGGAUUACCCCGAUGUAGUUUUCAAAAACUCGAAAGGAAAGUAUCUUGCGAUAAUGAGGGAGAUUGCAAGAGUAGCACCUUCCGGACGACCAAUUCUCAUUGGAACGACUUCCGUCGAAGCAUCGGAGACACUGUCGAGUCUUCUUUCGGAAGUCGAAGUCGACCACGACGUCUUGAACGCAAAACCAGAGUCUGCGUUGCGUGAAUCAGAGAUUGUUGCCCAGGCAGGCCGAAAGUUUUCUAUAACUAUUGCGACAAACAUGGCCGGGCGUGGAACAGAUAUUCUGCUCGGCGGUAAUGCCGACUACUUUGCCCGAGCUCUCGCUCGCCGAGAGCUCGUAUCGCAAAAUGAAAGCCUUUUCAAAAUUCUUAGCGAUCCUACCCAACCUGUACUCAUUGAUGACGAUGUAUUACCGGUUGAUAUUUCGGAAGAAGCUAUGACCAAAAUGCGUCGGUGCGCGACUGUGGUGGCCGAAAAUGUUGGGGUUGCGGCUUUGUCGUCGCUAUUAUUUGUUGAUGAGAUCGUUGGCGUUGCAGCGGAGGCUGGGUUGAUCCCUGAACACAUGAAAGGGGUAGAUAGACUUCGAGAAUCUAUGCGAGGAAUUCGAGAAGAAUUGGAGGAGACGGUCGCAGAGGAGAAAGAAGAAGUUCUUGAGUUGGGCGGUCUGUACGUCAUCGGAACAGAGCGGGCGGAGUCACGAAGAGUUGACAAUCAGCUCCGGGGUAGAGCGGGACGACAGGGAGAUCCAGGAAGCAGUCGCUUCUUCCUUGCGCUGGACGAUCGCCUCUUCCGUGUGUUCGGCGGUGAUAAGGUGACUGGGAUAUUGGAUACUUUCCGAGUUGGGGAAGAAACACCUAUAGAGAACUCCCUCGUCAACAAGACUUUGGACUCAGCGCAAGAAAACGUUGAGGCCUACUUUCGAGAAAUACGUGAGCAGCUGUUUACAUACGAUGAAGUCCUCUCGAAGCAACGCUCCGCUUUUUAUGCACAGAGACGCAAAAUUGUCCUCGGAGAUGCAGCUUUCAUUGCUGAACGACUGAAAUUUGACUCUGAGAAAACAGUACGCGAGAUCCUUCCCAAUUUUGUGAACCGUGGAGAUGGAACUGGGAACGACUAUGUGAGACUAUCUUCGAAGCUUGUACAGUUUUUUGAUGGUAUGUCGAACAUCUCGAAGGCGGAACUGGAAAAUGUUAAAGACAUUGAUGAGUAUGUGCUCCGUCAACUCGCGGUCCUCAUGGAAACGCGGAGGGACGAAUUAGAGUCUCGAAAGGCAAGUUUCAGUACUGAGGUAUGCCGCUUUCUGUGGCUCACGCAAAUGGACAAUCUGUGGAUGGAGCACAUGAAACAAAUGGACUAUCUCAAGGAGUUCAUAGUGUUGAGAUCUUACGCCAGUGACGACCCGCUGCAGGCGUACCAGAUAGAAGGGUUUGAAAUGUUCACUGCGAUGCAAGAUGCUAUACGACGUAACUCUGUGUACUCGUACUUCCAGUACAAGGCGGAUAACGACCAAACACAGAGCUGCAUUGGAUACUGCAACUUAACAAUUAGAUGGUCAAGACAUGAAUGUUCGGUUUGCUGCUUAAUCGCACACAGUACGGUAUGA